AUGUCAAAGAAGCGUGAUGGUGAUGAUAGUGGCGACGAUGAGAUAACGAUUACAAACAAGAAGCCCAAAAACGAGCUCAUCAUUGAGGAGAUAAGCGAUUCCGGCUUCCUCGCAGAGCACAGAAUUGAUGGGAUGGACGGUGGCGACAUGCAAUACAAAGCAGAUCUCUUUCCCGUAGAGGAGGCUGACGAGCUGUACGCUCAAGUGCUUAAUCUCGAGCGUUACAGACCGACGCUCAAGAUAUUUGGUAAAGACGUCAUCCAAUCGAGACAAGUGGCUGUCUUCGCGAUAGAGCGCGAGCGCGCACAGAUGAAAUAUAGCAACCACGACGCUAAAGUAGAUUAUCCAUUUCCUGCGGUAAUCAAUCGGAUAGCAAAACGGUUGAGAGAGGUGUGUGGUGUUGAUUUCACCCACUGCAUGGUCAAUUACUACGCUGAUGGCGAUACAUACAUCGGCAAGCACUCGGAUAAUCUCAACAAUCAGGUUAUUGCGACUGUUAGCCUGGGCGCAGUGAGAACUAUGCACCUCUCCCCCCAGACAACAAAAGCAGCACUCAAAGUUUACCCACAUGUAGACGUCCCUGGUCGCCAGAAGCUCGCUCUCAAGUUGGCACACGGUUCUUUGUUCGGUAGGGAGAAACCCAAAGAUUUUGGAAACACGAGAUCAGAAAAGAGCAGAAAAUCAAGACAGGUCGCAUCAGUUUGA